GGGGAAGUGGGAGUAUAACGUCAGUUCCCAGAGGCCCCUGCUGGAGUAAAGGUCUGGAGGUAUCAACAUUGUACAUACCUGUCUUCGUUAUUUGGCCAAGUCUCAUACGUGUGUUCAUAAAGAAAGUUCAACAGGUAAAGGAGAGGAAAAAGGAUUGCAGAUAUGGGAAUUCAGAUGAAAGCUAUAUUGUUGGGUUCUGCAAUGGCAGCCGUAGCUUGUACAACCAUCAUCGCUUUGGUUCUCUCUCUUGCUAAUCAUCAGACUUUGGAUCAGCCAUACUCAACACAGUAUGGGAUUGUGUUCGAUGCCGGCUCCACUCACACGGCCCUCUUCCUGUACCAGUGGCUGGGGAACAAAGAGAACAACACUGGGAUAGUCUCUCAGAAACAGAGCUGUGAUGUGGAAGGUGAUGGCAUAUCAAGCUAUGUCGAGAACCCUCGGGCAGCCGGAGAAAGUCUUAAGAAAUGCUUGGAUAUUGCCAAAGCAGUAAUACCAGAAGGACAGCGGAAGGCUACACCUGUGUACCUUGGUGCCACUGCUGGCAUGCGGCUUCUUAGAUUACAGAACCAAAGUCUAGCAGACAGCAUCCUCGUAGAAGUCACCAAAACAAUCCAAAGUUAUCAAUUUGAUUUCCGAGGGUCCAGAAUACUCUCUGGCAUGGAGGAGGGGGCUUAUGGCUGGAUCACCAUCAACUACCUCUUGGAGAGCUUUAUCAAGCACACUUUUGAGGGCCUUUGGAUCCACCCUAAAGCAGGAAAGAUCCUUGGAGCUCUAGAUCUCGGUGGUGCAUCAACACAGAUCUCAUUCACCCCAAAAGACCCCGUGAGAUUCCCAGAUUCAGCUUUUAAUCUCCAGCUCUAUGGGUACAAGUAUGAGUUGUACACAUACAGCUACUUGUGCUACGGCAAGGACCAGGCUUUGAAGAAACUUCAGGCAUACCUUCACAAGACUGCUGGACCAACAUCUGUUAUCAGUCACCCAUGCUACCACAAAGGAUAUAAAGUCAAUGUUACUUUGGCUGAACUUUACAACUCCCCUUGUGUGGUCAAACCAAACAAUUUUAACCCCACGGCUACAGUCACUUUCUCAGGAACGGGAAAUUCAUCCCUCUGUCUUUCUCUAACGGAGAAUAUUGUUAACCUCACCGACUGUGCCUUAUCACCAGACUGUGGUUUCGAUGGUGCCUAUCAACCUCCUGUCAAUGGCGAAUUCUUUGCUUUUUCAGCAUACUUCUACACCUUUGACUUCCUUGGUCUCGCCCCAAAAGCUCCACUGACACGGGUUCUUUCCACUAUUGAGACUCACUGCAACAAAAACUGGACCACUCUUACUGCUGAAAAUCCAGCCAUUAAGGCGAAAUAUCUGAGAGAUUAUUGUGCUUCAGCUCAUUAUAUUAUGACUAUUCUACUGAAAGGAUACAAGUUCAAUAACACCUGGGAUCAAAUCUCUUUUGAGAAACAGGUAGCAGACACAGAUGUUGGUUGGACUUUGGGCUACAUGCUGAACCUGACCAACAUGAUUCCCUCUGAACGUUCCAGAGCGGUGACAGGGGUGCCGCACAGUCAAUGGGCGGCUCAGAUUUUCUUCAUCGUUUUUGCCCUCUUCCUCAGUCUAUUUAUUAUAGGCAUCCUGUUUGUCCUUGAUCCAAAGCACUAAGUUGUUUGUGUCAUGAGUGAAUGUGUAUGUUUACAAUAAUAUUUAUCGCUUAUAUUUCAGAUAUGAAGAUCGACAAGCAACUCUUCUGACUACUGUUUGAGAUGUUUGCUUUACAAAGAAAGAAUCUAUACAUUUUGACAUUAUGAUAAC